CUCUACUGCUGGCCAGGUACACAGGAAAAGCCCCGGGAACUUUUGAAUUGCAUUUCCUGUUUGGCCAGCGUGGAGCUCUCAGCAGCACAGGUAACAAUGCAGUCUCCUGAGAAUAGGAAAAGAGCUCCAGCGUGGAACACACAGGAGUUAUUGGAUCUGAUAGCUGUAUGGGGAGAAGAUUCUGUGCUAUCAGAACUGCGUUCCAGUAGACGAAAUGAGAAAACUUUUGAAAAGAUUUCUAAUGCCAUGAGGCAGAGAGGCCAUAGCAGAGACUCGGUGCAGUGCAGAGUUAAAGUGAAAGAGCUCAGACAAGCGUACCAGAAGACCAAAGCAGCAAAUGGCAGAUCCGGAUCUGGCCCAAAAACAUGCCGCUUCUACGCGGAGCUUCACGCAAUUUUAGGUAACUGCGCCACAACAAGCCCCCCCUUGUCUGUGGAUUCAGAGGUGGGGGUAGUAAUCUCAGCCACUGCUAAUGAUUCUGCGGACAGCAAAGAUGUGGAAGAGGAACAGGAGGAGGACGAGAUGGCAGAGACCACACAGCACUCCAUUCCCCCCAACAGCCAGGAUCUUUUCCUCACCCUGACAGAAGUACCCUCCCAGCCCUCUCAAGCCACUAGCACAGACAAUGAAGCCGUGGAAGCGACCUCUGCUGCACAUUUUUCAAGCCUCCCUACUCCAGUCCGAAGGAUAGGUCAGAUAAGGAGGCUGAGGAAGAAGAGGACACGGGAGGAGAUGUUCACAGAAAUAAUGGCAGUAACCUGCAGUGAAAGAGCUCAUCUGGGGGAGUGGAAAAACGUGGUCGCAAAGUACAGGGACGCUGCCAGUGAACAUGAGGACAGGAGGGACGCUCGAGAUGAGAUGUGGCGGCAGGAAGAUCAGAGGUGUAGGCAGGAAGAUCAGCGGUGGCGGGCAGCAACGCUGGAGCUGCUGCGCGAUCAGACUGACAUCCUCCGAAGUCUGCUGGAAGAGCUGCGGGGUCACAGAGUGCCACUCCAGCCCAUGUUUAACCUCCCUCAGUACUCACCAUGUCCCAUAUCUUCCACACUCAGACGUGUAAGAACGCAUGGGGGAAGGCUUUCUGCACCUGCCCACUCCACCCCUGUGGACUGUCCAACCAAAAGGCUGUCAUUACAUUGAAAUGCCCUUAAUGGCAUUUUUCUUCCCUCCUAUACUCCUCCCAAACCACUCCCGGCGUACCUUUUCAUUUCUUUUACUCUUCUUGUAAGGACAUGCUAUUCAAAGGCAGUGGGAGGGUGGGUUGUUUACAGAUAGUAACUUUAUUUCCAUAAGCAAGCUGUUAUGGAAGGGUGGAGGGAAGCUUGCUUGCAGCAGCAGGAGUCAAUACAUGGGGGGGGGAGGUUCAUGAAGGGGAAAGAAACACAGCAGUCACAUCGUACCCUGGCCCAUGAUGAAACUCGUUUUCAAGGCUUCCUUAAUUGCCUUUGUCUUCCCUCCCUCCCUCCCUCCCAUCCUCCUCCAAAAACCCCUACUUAUGUAUUUUUAAUCACAUGCUUUUAAAAGCAAGAGGGAGGGUGGGUUGCUUACAGGGACUGACUUUUAAUAAAGAAUACAAUGUUUUCUACAGAUAGUAACUUUAUUUCCAUAAGCAAGCUGUUAUGGAAGGGUGGAGGGAAGCUUGCUUGCAGCAGCAGGAGUCAAUACGGGGGUGGGGGUGGUUCAUGAAGGGGAAAGAAACACAGCAGUCACACCGUACCCUGGCCCAUGAUGAAACUCGUUUUCAAGGCUUCUCUGAUGCGCACCGCUUCCUGGUGUGCUCUUCUAAUUGCCCUGGUGUCUGGCUGCGCGUAAUCAGCGGCCAGGUGAUUUGCCUCAGUCUCCCACCCCGCCAUAAAGGUCUCCCCCUUACUCUCACAGAGAUUGUGGAGCACACAGCAAGCAGCAAUAACAAAGGGGACAUUGGUUUGGCUGAGGUCUGAGCGAGUAAGUAAACUUCUCCAGCGCGCCUUAAGACGGCCAAAUGCACAUUCUACCACCAUUCUGCAUUUGCUCAGCCUGUAGUUAAACAACGCCUGACCACUGUCCAGGCUGCCUGUGUAUGGCUUCAU